AUCUGUUUGUACAUUACAAUAAGCUCUCCCGGCCGGUGGAAAACACUUCAGACACAGUGCUAGUUCACUUUGGACUUUCUAUUGCCCAGCUGAUAGAUGUGGAUGAGAAGAACCAGAUGAUGACCACAAACGUCUGGGUCAAGCAAGAAUGGAACGAUUACAAACUCCGCUGGAACCCGGAGGAAUAUGAAAAUGUCACCUCUAUCCGUAUUCCCUCGGAAAUCAUCUGGAGGCCCGACAUCGUCCUCUACAACAAUGCUGAUGGCGACUUUGCAGUAACUCACCUCACAAAGGCACACCUAUUCUAUGACGGUCGGAUAAAGUGGAUGCCACCGGCCAUUUACAAGUCUUCAUGCAGCAUAGAUGUCACAUUUUUCCCUUUUGACCAGCAAAGCUGCAAGAUGAAAUUUGGUUCUUGGACCUAUGACCGUGCCAAGAUCGAUCUGAUCAGCAUGGCCAGUGAUGUGGACCAGAUGGACUACUGGGAGAGUGGCGAGUGGGUCAUUAUGAAUGCAGUGGGCAAGUACAAUACUAAAAAGUAUGAGUGCUGCACAGAGAUAUAUGCUGAUAUCACUUACUAUUUCAUCAUCCGGAGGCUUCCAUUGUUCUACACCAUUAACCUUAUCAUCCCCUGUCUGCUUAUCUCCUGUUUGACUGUGCUGGUGUUUUAUUUGCCAUCACAGUGUGGAGAGAAGAUCACCUUGUGUAUCUCAGUGUUACUUUCCCUAACAGUAUUCCUCCUGCUGAUCACAGAGAUAAUACCAUCUACAUCACUGGUGAUUCCGCUGAUUGGUGAAUACCUUCUGUUUACCAUGGUCUUUGUCACACUCUCCAUCAUAAUUACUGUCUUUGUUUUAAACGUACAUCAUCGAUCUCCACAAACCCAUGGCAUGCCUCACUGGGUGCGGAGAGUAUUCUUGGACUUGGUGCCUCGGGUCCUCUUCAUGAAGCGUCCUCCAGGCACAGCCAAGCAGCACUGCAAAAAACUUAUCGAGAUGAUGCACCGUCCAACCACUAUAUCAGCAACAGGCAACUCACAGGCCUUUUGGUCAGGGUUAGAGACAGGGUUAAGACAAAUAGGACAGAUUGAUAAUACACUCCCAAAGACUCAGUCAAACAGUCCAAACAUCCUGGUCUGCUCCCCUUCUCCACCCUCUUCUCCGAUUGACGACCUCAAUGAGAAAGAUCAUCCACUGAAGGCUAGCAUUUUCUGCCGGUCCCCAACUGGUCAGUAUUCAGUUCUCUCAGAGAAGCAACUCCACCGGGGUCACAUCUCGUCAGCCUCGUCUUCUUCCCAAUUGUCCUUGCCCCCAACUUUGCCACUGGGCCCCCUUCGCAGCCUAUCCAGGGAUGAACCUAAUGCACUGGCACAGAAUGGCCGCUCCCUCAGUGAAGAGCAAAUGUGUGACCAAAAGAGGGAACCUCCUCAGAGAACUGGUCAUCGGUGUCGCUCCCGCAGCUUCCAGUACUGCUGUCUGCACAAUGAAGGACCUGGGACCACUGGGAUUGCAGGGCGAGUGAAACAAGCCUUUACAGAUCACCUAGCAGAAACACUCACAAAAGAGUCCACUAAAGACACGAAUACCGAGCAGGAUGCCAUAGUUCCAACUAUUUCCCCAGCUGUGCAACGGGCCAUAGAGGGAGUUCAAUACAUUGCUGAUCAUCUCAGGGCAGAGGAUGCAGACUUUUCAGUGAAGGAGGACUGGAAGUAUGUGGCUAUGGUCAUUGACAGGAUAUUCCUCUGGAUGUUUGUACUGGUGUGUAUACUGGGAUCUGUUGGACUCUUUCUUCCUCCUUGGCUGGCUGGAAUGAUCUAAAAAUCUCAUCAAAGAAAACUGAGUCCAAGAACACUGAGAUACGAUCAUGUCUCACAUUGUAAAAAAAAAAAGAAAAAGUAAUUUAUCCCUUUAUUUUCUAUUUUUCAAAGGAACCACAAGUCACACUCAUUGCUCUUGCCCCAGGUUAUCAAAAGGUUACUCAUAGAGAAACCAGAUGAAAUAUCUAUCAUUGAUUCCAGUGGGCAUAUAAAUUCUUUAUGAGGGCAAAAGGCCAACAGCGAAAAUAUCCUUCUGCACCACUCCAUUUUGACAUUGAGCUGUAUAGCUCAAGCUGUCACCUUCAUCAAAAACAGUGAAGAAUAGCCUUUGACCCAUUCACAACAGUGGAAAAGACCACAGGAAAAACCUACACUCUACUCUGAGCAGGAAUUGUGAGAUAUUGAUAUGACUGCAUAAGGUUUGGGUUUAAUCUCAAUUUUAACAUUCCUCAACAAUGUCAGUGAUAUACUGCAGUAUCUUGAUUAUUCAGUGUUAGGUGGUGGGAAGAUUUUCUGGGAAGGAGUUGUGUGUCUAUGUGUGUGUGUUCAGGUGUAAUGCUUUUUGCAGUUGUCACUGCUUAGGUAAGCACACAUACAGCUCCGUGUUUUUUCUAAUUGUAGCAGCCAAAUAAACACAUUUAUUCAAUAUUUC